CCUUCCCUUCUCUAUAUCUCUCUCUCUCUUUCUCUCUGACAGCACAGGAAGUAUAAGGCGAGGCCAGGAAACUCAGAGAAGGAAUUAAAGAGGUUGAAGAGAGAAAGAAACAGGAAAAGGAACGGUAGGAAGGAAAAGAGGGAGGAGGAAUAAAAAGAGAAGAGUUGGAGAGGAGAAGAGAAGAGAGAAAGGAUGGCGGAUAAGAUGGGGAAGAGAGCAGAGAAGACGGGGGAGAAAUCCAACUUCUCUGUCACCUGUGGCCUCUUGAGGCAGUACUUGAAGGAGAAGGGAAGCUUUCGCGACCUGGGCCUCGAAAUCGCCCCUCGGCCUGUCGAACAAGUGAGAGGAAUAAUUCGGGCGCCCGCCACCAUGAAACUGAUGCCAGGGGUUGAUGUGUGGGAAGAACUCCAUUCCGAAAAUGGCGCAGACCAACCUGCUCCAAAAUCUAUGGAUCUUUUCCCCCAGCACGCCGGCGUUGACUCUCUUGUUGCCCCGGCCAAGGGGGAAUCUAGCAUGAGUUCACAUACUAAGGAGCCAGCGAAGAAUCAGCUGACGAUUUUCUACGGCGGAAAGGUGUUGGUUUUCGACAAGUUUCCGGCGGAAAAGGUCAAGGAUUUGAUGCAGAUGGCAAUGAAGGAGAGCUUAGCUGCUCAAACUCAAAAUUUGGGUUUGACCACCCCUUCCUCAACGGCUGCAAGAGUCGAUUUCUCUCACCAGAAUAGCUCUAACAUUGCAUCCAUCCCCGGCAGCCAACCAGUGGUGCUUCAAAAUAGCAUGCCAAAACCUGCCGAAGCCAAUGCUUCAGAUAUGCCAAUAGCAAGAAGGAAUUCCCUCCAUAGAUUCCUUGAGAAAAGGAAGGAUCGGAUUAACACCAAAGCACCAUACCAAGCAAAUGCUGCUGCUGCUGCUUCUUCGGCGGCCAAGUCGGAGGAUAGCAAGUCCUGGCUUGGCCUGGGUCGGCCAGUUUCAAAGCCAGAGAACUCUGAUUCAGUGGGUAAAAGAUAAGAGAUGUGGUGUAGAAAUUUCUGAAGCUAAGACCCUCUGACUUGAAUUCAUUACUUGCUCUACUGCCUCCCACUUUAGAUACAGAGGUCCAAGAUGAAGAAGUGGAUGCACUGAUUGAAGUCUGUAUAAGCUGAUAUUUUUGGGAGCAAGUGUAAAGGGAAGGGUGAUUCUAUAAAUUAGCAAGAACAAUAUCAUUAUUAUUUUUCAGGAUUAGAGAUAGAAGUUUGAGUUCUUUUUUAGCAGAUGGUAGGUCAUGACUGCAAUACAGAGUAGAAGACAAAAAUAAAUUGAUGAUGACAAUCAUGUGCAUAAAGAAUGUUUAUUAUCAUUCUAGAUCUUAUGUUUAACCAAUAAUUUCAUUUAACUUAUAUUGCUGCAUUU